CAGCCAUUCAAGCUCACGCUCAAUGGGCAGAUUGGCAGGCGCCAACGCAAUUGCUCCCAAACAAAUGGCAGACGCCAUCGCCAUAAAUCCUCGUCCUCCUCCCUCCUCCUCGUCUCUCUCUCCAUCUCAGACGUGUCGAGCACUUGAGCUCGCUGUUCCUUGCCCUGUAGGCCUGUCUCUGUCUGCUUCCCCUUCUCAUCUUCAGUUCUUCCCCCUUUCGUCUGUCUGUCGCCUCCAUCUCCUUCUCAUCGCAUUUGCAGUUUUGCACUCGUGUGUCAAGCUUGCAUUGCACGGAGACCGGCGUUGGAGCUGGGCGAGCUCAAAAGAAGGGGAGCCCCAGGAAUAGAGACAGCCUCUCACUCUCUGCGUGCGUCUGUCACUCACUGUGCUCGGCUUGCUAUUUUCGGACAGACGCGGGAGCCGCGGGUUCUCGGGCCGGCCGUCGAUGGCGCCGUGGAGCGGCUUCUGGGGCGGCAGGGCCGUCCUCGCCGGCGGCACGCCGGUCGUCGUCAAGAUGGACAACCCCAACUGGUCCAUCUCCGAGAUCGACGGCGACGACGAGGGCGCCGCCCUCUUGCCCGGCGCCGGCGGGCGGAGGCGCCGGAGGAGGGGCAAGAACGCCAAGCAGAUCACCUGGGUGCUGCUCCUCAAGGCGCACCGCGCCGCGGGCUGCCUCGCGUGGCUCGCCUCCGCGGCCGUCGCGCUCGGGGGCGCCGCGCGCCGCCGCGUCGCGGCCGGCCGCACGGACGCCGACGCCGAGGACGAGGACGGCGAGGCGCCCGCUACCGCUACCGCGCCCGCGCCGCCGCGGCAUUCCUGCCGGUUCUACGCCUUCAUCCGGGCGUUCCUCGUGCUGUCCGUGUUCCUCCUCGCCGUCGAGCUCGCCGCCCACGCCAACGGCCGGCGCCUCGCCGCGCCCGCCGCCGUGUCCUUGGCCGCGCUCCACGCGGCCUGGGUGCGCUUCCGCGCCGCCUACGUCGCCCCGCCGCUCCAGCUCCUCGCCGACGCCUGCGUCGUGCUCUUCCUCGUCCAGAGCGCCGACCGACUCGUCCAGAGCCUCGGCUGCUUCUACAUCCACCUCAAGCGCCUCCAGCCCAAGCCCGUCUCGCCGCCGGCAUUGCCCGACGCCGAGGACCCCGACGCCGGCUACUACCCCAUGGUGCUUGUGCAGAUACCAAUGUGCAACGAGAAGGAGGUGACAAUGCAGCAUUUGCACUUGCCAUUGCGCCUAAAAUUCCAAUUUUUUCAUCAACCCACAAGAGACCCAAUUUUUUUUUAUCAUGCAUGCUGUUCAUUGCUCUGUGCCAUUCAGGUGUACCAGCAGUCAAUUGCGGCGGUCUGCAAUUUGGAUUGGCCCAGGUCCAAUUUCCUGGUGCAGGUGCUGGACGACUCCGAUGACCCGAUCACACAGGCAUUGAUCAGAGAGGAGGUGGAGAAGUGGCAGCAGCAUGGUGCGCGCAUCGUGUACCGCCACCGCGUGCUCAGGGAAGGGUACAAGGCCGGUAACCUCAAGUCGGCGAUGAGCUGCAGCUAUGUCAAGGACUAUGAGUAUGUGGCGAUCUUCGAUGCCGAUUUCCAGCCUUACCCUGACUUCUUGAAGCGCACCGUGCCACAUUUCAAGGACAAUGAGGAAUUGGGGCUGGUGCAAGCGAGAUGGUCAUUUGUGAACAAGGAUGAGAACCUGUUGACACGGUUGCAGAACAUCAACCUCUGCUUCCACUUUGAGGUGGAACAACAGGUGAACGGCAUGUUCAUCAACUUCUUCGGGUUCAAUGGCACGGCUGGGGUGUGGAGGAUCAAGGCUUUAGAGGAUUCAGGGGGCUGGAUGGAGCGGACAACGGUGGAAGACAUGGACAUUGCGGUCCGCGCGCAUCUGAAGGGCUGGAGGUUCAUCUUCCUGAAUGAUGUGGAGUGCCAAUGUGAGUUACCGGAGUCGUACGAGGCUUAUAGGAAGCAACAACAUCGGUGGCAUUCAGGCCCAAUGCAGCUGUUCAGGCUGUGCUUGCCAGACAUCAUCAGAUGCAAGAUUGCGUUCUGGAAGAAGGCCAACCUGAUCUUCCUCUUCUUCCUGCUCCGCAAGCUCAUCCUGCCCUUCUACUCCUUCACGCUGUUCUGCAUCAUCCUGCCACUGACAAUGUUCGUGCCCGAGGCCGAGCUCCCGGACUGGGUGGUCUGCUACAUCCCGGCCCUGAUGUCGUUCCUCAACAUCCUCCCAUCACCGAGAUCCUUUCCCUUCAUCAUCCCUUACCUCCUCUUCGAGAACACCAUGUCCGUGACCAAGUUCAACGCCAUGGUCUCCGGCCUGUUCCAGCUCGGCGGCGCCUAUGAGUGGGUGGUGACCAAGAAGUCCGGCCGGUCCUCGGAGGGCGACCUCGUCGUGCUGGCGCCCAACAAAGAGCACCGGAAGCAGCAGCAGCAGCCGGUCGCCGCCGCCGAAGCGAAGAAACCGCCGGCUCCGGUGGAGAAGAAGAAGAAGCAGCAGAAGCAGAAGUACAACCGGAUAUACAAGAAGGAGCUGGCGCUGUCGCUGCUGCUGCUGACGGCCGCCGCCCGGAGCCUGCUGUCCAAGCAGGGGAUGCACUUCUACUUCCUGCUGUUCCAGGGCGUCUCGUUCCUGAUGGUCGGCCUCGACCUCAUCGGCGAGGACGUGAAAUAAAAUUAAAACUGUUUGGUGGCGACAUAGAUAGAUGGAUGGUUGGAUGUAGCUGUAGCUUUGUUCAGGAUUAGAUCAGUCCUCUGAAUUCUCGUAGGAUCUGUAGAUAGUAUAGCUCUCUCCGUCUCUGAUCUCUUCUUGGCUUGUAAAUUCUCGUAGCUGCUCAGGGGUUAGCAUCUCGAUCGAUUCUUUUGUAUGAAGGAUGAAGCUGCUGAUGCUCGGUUUAGAUUACAACA